CUAAAAACUCACACAGCGACAUAAAACAGAUAACACUUUCACAUCACAUCUCAUACGCAAAAAAACACAAAAAACAAUUAAAUAAAAAUAAAAAUAAAAUGGGGAAAGGAGGUGACGGCAGAGAACAACGAGAACUGGUAGAUCGGGACGGUGUUGUCAUGGCCGGAGAUUUCUUCUGGUCAUACACCGACGAACCCCAUGCCUCACGACGUCGUUUGAUCCUCUCCAAGUACCCUCAAAUCAAGGAGCUUUUUGGCCCUGAUUACACCUCUCUCUUCAAGAUCGCUCUGGUGGUUUCGCUUCAGCUUGGUGCUGGCAUUGUGCUUUAUGAUUCCAGCUGGUGGUUGAUAUUGGCAGUAGCAUACUUUUUUGGCUCAUUUCUCAACCACAACCUCUUCUUGGCAAUCCACGAGCUUAGUCACAAUCUGGCCUUCCAAACUCCUAGCUUAAACCGAUGGCUUGGAAUUUUCGCCAACCUCCCGAUCGGUGUACCGAUGUCUGUAACUUUCCAGAAGUAUCACUUGGAGCACCACCGCUUCCAGGGUGUAGAUGGCAUUGAUAUGGAUAUCCCUAGCAUCGCAGAAGGACGUGUUGUGACGAAUAUUUUUGCAAAGACCAUUUGGGUGUUUUUACAGCUCUUCUUUUAUGCCCUCAGACCACUGUUUCUCAAGCCGAAGCCUCCGGGUACCUGGGAAUUCAUUAACUUCACUGUUCAGAUAGCCCUUGAUGCAGCAAUGGUUUACUUCUGGAGCUGGAAAUCCCUUGGAUAUCUGAUACUUUCCACAUUUGUUGGUGGUGGGAUGCAUCCAAUUUCCGGCCACUUCAUUUCAGAGCACUAUGUCUUCCAUCCGGAACAAGAGACAUACUCUUACUAUGGACCUCUGAACUUUUUCACCUGGCAUGUUGGCUACCAUAACGAACACCAUGAUUUUCCAAGAAUCCCUGGAAACAAGCUUCACAAGGUGAAGGAGAUUGCACCAGAGUAUUAUGAUAAUCUAGAAUGCUACAAAUCUUGGAGCCAGGUCAUCUACAUGUACAUUAUGGAUAGAACGGUUGGACCUUUCAGCCGAAUGAAGAGAAAGUUAAACAAGAAAACUGAAUAGAUUCUUCCCAGACAAGCAUAUUUGCUGGGUUUUUCUUCAUAAGAAUCCACUUUUGAUAAUGUUACAUGUAAUAGAAGCAUGAAUUAAAUUUUUUUUGUUUACCCUAGUAGUCAGUUUUGUUUGCCUGUGUCCCAUUUAAUGGACAAGAAAACUAGAAAAGGCAUAUCCUUGGCAGAAAAUGUUAUAAAGGAUAACUACAAUUUUGACUUUUAUUCUGGUGGCUGAGAAUUUAGCUGAAAUGCAUCAUUCCUCUUAU